AUGAUCAACUAUUACGCCCCAGUUGUUUAUCAGCAGACUAUGGGACUCACCCGCAACAUGUCUCUCAUCCUCGGCGGCUGCACAUCACUGACUUAUCUGGUUGGCUCUUUUAUCCCACUGUGGAUAGUUGAUAGACUUGGUCGUCGUCCUCUCCUCAUGUUCUCCUCUAUCGGUCUCUGCCUAUGUUUCUCACUGGCCUCCAUUCUGCUCUCGCUUGAAUCUGUAUCUGCCGCAUACGGUGCCUGUGCAAUGGUCUUCGUCUUUCAGAUUUUCUUGGGCAUUGGCUGGCUCCCUGUACCAUGGUAUUAUGGCUCCGAAGUCUCAACCACUCGACUCAGGUCCCGUGCACAGGCCAUAGGAUCGGCGUUCAAUUGGCUUGCUGUGUUUACGGUGGUGGAAAUCACACCAAUUGCCAUCGACAAUAUCGGGUGGAAGACAUUCAUCAUCUUUGCUGUUUUCAAUGCUGGAAUGGUGCCAAUUGUAUAUUGCUUCUUCCCAGAGACGAAAGGCCUUGAGCUGGAGGAUGUAGACCACCUCUUUGACCGCGGUGGCAUCACUGGAGGCGUAUGGAGUACAGGUGGAAAGACGGUAGAAAGACGGAGGGUAGGAGAGGAAACGGGGGUGUUUGAGAGAGCAGAGAAAGCAAGUGGUGUGCAUCUAGAAGAUGCGCCUGCUCGGAAAGAGUAA